AUGCAGGACAUGCAGCAGCUCAGCCAGGAGAUGGCUAGUCUCGGUCUUGCUGGGGGAGAGCAGCGGCCGGGCAGCCACUCGUCGCUGCCGUCGCACAGCAAUCUAUAUGUGAACAACUUGCCCUACAACAUCUCCGAGCAGCAGGUGGACGAGCUGUUUGCGCCCUAUGGAGAAGUGAUUUCGCUGCGGCUGGUGCGCGCGUCGCGCAUGGGCCCCUCCACCAAGACCUUUGCAUUUGUCAAGUAUGCAAACGUGCAGGUGAAGGGGGAGAGCGCCGCCACGCGUGCGGGGCCGCUCGCCCGAGGGUUCGAAGGGCCGGCCGGGCGGACGAUCCGGUGGCUGUCUGGCAGGCCGGCGGCGCGACGCGCGCGUGCGCGGCCACACAGCCGCGGGGCGGGCGGGCAGCAAGCCGUGGCGGCCAUACAGGGGUUGAACCACUCGCCCUGCGCCGGCGGCGCGGCGGGCGCCGCUGGGCUGCUGGAGGUCAAGUUUGCCGACGCCGACGCGGGCGAUCGCAACCCUGAGCUAAGCGCCCCGCCCAGCGACAACCUGUACUGCAAGAACCUGCCGGGCAGCUACACGGACGACGACCUGAGGGCGCUGUUCGCGCCGCACGGCAACGUGAUCGAGUGCAAGCUGCUGCACAGGGGCGACAUCGCGCAGGGUGCCGGCGCGCUGGUUCGGCUGGGCAGCCUGUCUGAGGCGCAGCGCGCGAUCGCGGGGCUGCACAAUCAGCGACUCCCCGGCGCCGCGGCGCCGCUGGUCGUUCGCUACGCUGACAGCGCGGAGCAAAAGGCGAAAAAGGCGGCGCGGAUGGGGCGCGCGUACGACCGCUGGGC